CAACAGGGAUGCAUGAAUGAGAGCGAGCCUUGUGUAUGCGUGCGCGCGCGCGUGUGUGUGUUUACACUUUGCCUCCGCCGUAGUGAGCUCCAGCACGCUGCAGGACCGCUCGUAGUAUUGUGGGGCCGAGGGGAUGGGAUGAGGGGGGCUUGUGCACAAUCUCCCGUGACCAAUGAGCGGGGUGCUGUCAGGGGUAACCACAUGUGUCAGCCACUCUCGGCCAAUAAAGAGAGGAGCGAGGCGGACCACAGGUGCGCGCCUCUGCCUGCGUCCCCUUGGCACAGCGCCCCGGAGAUGCUGGAGAGAGACGCCUGGCUGUCCCGUGGCGCGCACCGCUUUCCCGUCGAAGGCACCCUCUUCCCGACUUCCCCCUCCUACACCCCACUCGGGCGGUGAUGGCGACCGCCACGUCCAACCACUUCAGCGUCCUAAGCAGCCCCGGCAGCCCUCCGCCGCAGCAGCAGUCGGAGUCCGGGACCAUGCAGCAGCAACAGCAGCAGCAGUACAGGGACGCGCACGCCCUGCUCCAAAGCGACUACGGCGCGCACCCGCUCAGCCACGCGCACCAGUGGAUCGCGGCGCUGUCUCACCACGGGGACGCCGGCGCCCCGUGGCCGUCCAGCCCGCUCGGGGAGCAGGACGUGAAGCCCGUGUUGCACGACGGCGACCGCGAGGAGAUGCGCGACUCCGGCGGCGGCGACGCGCAACAGCGACACCCUCACCCCGCGCACCAGCCCGCGCAUCACGACGCCAGAGCAUGGCGCGCCGGCAGCACCGCCUCCGCGCAUAUCCCCGCUAUGGCGACAUCUGAGGGCCAAGGUCUGCUCUACUCCCAAUCCGGCUUCGGCUUGAUGGCCGGCGGGGAGCAGCAAGGCGGCAUGCACCACCAUGCGCACCCGCAUGUGCACCACCAGCCGCUUGGUCGGGACGACGAACAGCACAGCCACAGCCCGCACCUGAGCGACCACGGAGGCGGGCCGCCGCCGCCCCAGCACCAGGACCAUUCGGAUGAGGAUACGCCGACCUCAGACGAGCUUGAGCAGUUCGCCAAACAGUUCAAGCAGCGGCGCAUUAAAUUGGGCUUCACCCAGGCCGACGUGGGUCUGGCCCUGGGGACCCUGUACGGCAAUGUCUUCUCGCAGACUACCAUCUGCAGGUUCGAGGCGCUGCAGCUGAGCUUCAAGAACAUGUGCAAGCUAAAGCCGCUGCUGAACAAGUGGCUAGAGGAGGCCGACUCCACCUCGGGGAGCCCCACCAGCCUGGACAAGAUCGCAGCGCAGGGCCGCAAGCGAAAAAAGAGGACCUCCAUCGAGGUGGGCGUCAAGGGGGCCCUGGAGAGUCACUUCCUCAAGUGCCCCAAGCCCGGGGCGGCCGAGAUCAACUCGCUGGCGGACAGCCUGCAGCUGGAGAAGGAGGUGGUCCGGGUCUGGUUCUGUAACAGGAGGCAAAAGGAGAAGCGGAUGACGCCCGCCGGGGGACCUCUGCCGGGUGGGGAGGACAUGUACGGGGACAGCCCUCCGCACCACGGAGGACAGACCCCUGUGCAGUGACAGCACCCCCUGCGCGCUUGGACCCUUUCGUUUUCCUUUUUCUAAGAUAAAUGUUGCGAGGACGCGAGUAGGAUUUACAGUGCAGGUGCCAAAAGCAGCAGGCAUGUGGACGGAUGCUCCUUCGCGCUGCGGAACUCGCGGCGACUAUUAUGGGAUGUAUUCUUCGUAUUCAUUAUUACGGGACGUGCUUCAUGCUGCCGUGUGAGCCAAGCAAACGCCUUUUGUGCGUCACUGUGACCAAUUGUGGACACGCACGCACACACACACGCGCGCGCGCGCACACACACACAAAGGAAGGCUCCGUUUGUGGACUUGUCCACGGGGGUUGGGCAGGAGGGGGAAUGUUCUCGCGUGGGCUGGAUGAACCGCAGUGAGUAAAAGUGGGUAAAUAAACGCCAUCUUUGCGUGGAACAAAAGCAGCAGGGGUUCCGACAGCUGCAGACACCCGCCUGCUCUUUGGCUCACAAUUACAGGCCAGCAACAGCAGUAUUAUUAUUAUUAUUAUUAUUAUUAUUAUUAUUAUUAUUAUUGCUACAAAAAUGUUUAUUUUACGAGCUCAUUGCAUUUUGAAUUUCUUAUUUAAAGGCUUAUUUUAGUUCGAUGGUUAAAUGUUCAAAUUUAGUAUUGAUCAAAUUCAGAAGCCAUCAACAGCAUCUUUCUACUACUAUUAUUAUUAUUAUUCUUAUUACUUGACGGGCAUAUUUUUAUUGUUCUCGUUUUAUAUUCAUUUGAGUUCAAGAUUUGCUUGAACGUACAAAACAGUUUUUACUUUAAAGCUGUCUCUCUAAUUACAAGGACAUUCAUACCAUAGUAUAAGUUACCAUAAUCGUUAUGUAUCAAUUCAGUAAUCAACGUCAUACUUAAGGUAAAUAAUAAUAAUAAUAGUAAUAAUAGUAAUAAUAAUAAUAAUACUGGAAAGACUAAAGCUUUUUCU